CUAAUUUCCCUCAAGGCCCCAACUACCGUCACUUUUCUCCCCCACCGGAAAUAGAAAAAAGAGUUCUAUUUGCCGGAACGUCGAAUUUCAGCCUUGAUACGUCAAAUCAGGGGUUGAAGGCUUCUUUCUAUCACAAGGAAGCUGUGUGAUUUUCAGAUGUCGUGCUGAUUACCGAGUUUCUUGGUUUGAAGUUUAUUUUGUCACUUGGUCUCCCAAUUGAAUGCAUAGUGCACCACACGUACCUGUGAUGCCUCUAACAAGUCAUUUGUUUCUCGGCUAAAGAUUUGGAUUUAUUUGGCUAAGAAGUUGAUUUUAUGAUAUCACAUACCUUAUCAGGCUCUAAAGAUGCUGAAGUCAUUGCUUCUGAGAGCUAAUUCGACAUGGAAAGUUCUUAAUCUUCCUCAGUACAUACAACAGCGAGGAUUGCAUACUAGAAAUAAGAUGGCAAUGGAAUACAUUGCAAAAGGUUGGAAUGCAUUGAAGGAGGUUGAUAGGGUGAUUGACUAUUGUGAACCAAGGGAUAAACGGCUCAUUCCUCACCUUAAGACUGCAAAGGAUAAUUUUGAAAUGGCUCUGGAGGUUGAUAAUACAAAUACCCAUGCUAGAUAUUGGUUAUCCAGACUGCACCUGAAAUACCAUGUGCCUGGGCAAUGUAAAGCUAUAGGAGCUGCUUUGCUGGUAGAAGCUGCAGAUAUGGGUGAUGCAGAUGCUCAAUAUGAGCUGGGUCGUAAUUUACGAAUCGAGAAUGAGGGUGUUGACACAGAUCAACAAGCUUUUUAUUAUUUGGAGAAGGCAGCUGACCAGUUGCAACCGGAUGCUCUCUACCUUCUUGGAGCAGUUUAUUUGACAGGCGAUUGUGUUAAGAAAGAUAUUGACUCAGCUUUAUGGUGUUUUUAUAGAGCUUCCGAUAAGGGUCAUGCUGGGGCAGCUAUAGCAUGUGGAUCUCUUCUUAUUAGAGGAUACGAACUUCCCACAUCUCUUACAAAGCUAAAUCUAAAGAAUGGGAAUAUGAGUAGAAAUCUAAGGAAGAAAACAAGUGAACCCAAACAUAAUCCAAUCGAAUUGGCAAGAGCACAGUUUGAAAAUGCUGCGAAUUUAGGAAGUGAUCUUGGAUUCAGAUGGCUAAAAAGACUCGAGGAGGAAGAGAAGCGUUUCCUGGCUGCAUAAAUUCAAAAUUAAUUCAUGUCACCAAAAUGGGUAUAAUUUGACAGAUGUAGUUUUUGCUCCUUAUGAACAUAGAUAAUAAGCAUAGCUUGUGAGUAUUCAACUAUAUACUUGUACUUUGUACCAGUUACUUUUAAUGUAGUACAUCAAUUUUCCACAA